AUGCCGGAAUUCGGACUGUUCGCCUGGCGCAGCGCAGUAUGGUUGAACGAAAGUGAGCAAUAUAAUAUAACGAGAGGAGGAAAGACGGGCAAUCGGGGCUUGGGUGACGUGGAUUUGCAGCAGACGGGAACGAGCGAUGGAAUUUUGUGUGACAUUCCGUCGAGCUGGAAAUGCCACAUGCAGUGGGGAGUAGCCAAAGAGAGUGCUUGCGCUGCCACAGGAUGCCACCGGGCUAAUCGGCCUAUCAUAACUGGCCGAAAGGCUCCCCGUUGA